AAGCGUCCUACUGUUCCAAGAACUGCCAAAGGGCAGACUGGAAAAAGGGACACCGACUUUUCGUGUAAAGAAAACUCAAAACAAGAUCAGAAGCCAACUGAAAGUGUAGCAACUGGAGGCGAUACACCUUCCAAUGUCGUUAAACAAUGUGUGGCUUGUGGCAAAACAGGAAAUGACGUCAAAACCUGCACUGGUUGUAAACAAACCAACUAUUGUUCGAAGAGUUGUCAGCGUAAGGAUUGGCCCCGUCAUAAGCAUGCAUGCAAAGUCACUCCCCAGCCAAACCCUGAACUAAGGCCAAGAAUACCAGGCGCCUUGGAGUACCUUGCCGGUCUCGACUAUUUGAAUUCUAGAGCUACACGUAAAAUAGGAUCACUUGAUAAAGCAAAAGCCAACGCACGGCUUCAUUUUCCUUUCCAGACAAUUUUGGAUGACAUUGGCGAUGUCCCAUCGGAUUACAUGUAUUUCGGAGAGCGACCUGGCGCAACGGGAACCGUCCUCGUGGCAUUCAUUUCCAGAUAUCAUCAUUACCGGAUGAGGCACUGUAUCUAUAUUGAGGACAAGGAUCUGGACGAGAUCUACGUGGCAUUCUAUCUGGAUUACAAUAUUCCGUUUCCAUAUUUCGUUUGGCCUAAUGUGGCCCCCGGGAAUUUUAUUUGUAUCGAGGAUCCAUACAUCCACAGAUUCAUGGAUGGGUCGGUUGGGAUACGUGUUGAUGAAGCUGAAAGCAUCAGGAUUCUGCGUGGGUGAACUCGAUGGAAACUAUAUGACAGACAGUAUUGUUCCACCAAUCAAAGUUUACUUUACCUAGCCUUGGCAAUCUGUACACCACAAGUCGCUAUGUCAUUGUCUUCCAAGUUCCAAGUAUAUAUCAGACAAUGUAAACUUUAUUUAUUUUACAACAAUUGCGAAACAAGUUAUAUUAACUUAUAUUAAUCACGCUUGUUGGCCCGGAUAGAAGCGCGCGAGGGGUCUUACUGUGGGAGGAAACCGGAGUACCCGGGGAAAACCCACUUGUCGGGCAGGUGACCCCAUACCUUUUCACGUCCGAUCGGGGAAUCGAACCCCGGCCGCCUAGGUGAAAGGCAGGUAUGUUACCACUGUGUCAUCCGACCACCCUUUAUAUUUAGAAGCAGUAGAUAGUAGAAUUACAUAUUAGACAAUAAGCAGUUUCACAUCCAUAGACUAGAGCGGACCUCACAAAUGAUUUCAAUAAACGUAUAUUUGUGUGUGCGUUCUAAGUAUCGUGUUGUCAAAACAUUUCUUCGGCGAUAUAAAGCUCUCUUCCUUCCUGAA